CCUUCACUUCAACAACAUUACUACGAUGUAUUUAAAUUACUUAAUUAUUAUUGUGUCCAUAAUAAUGUGUGGUGGGGUGAGCUCUGAGAUGAACACUGUCGAAGAAAUGUAUUUGAAUUUUUUUGUUCAGAUAGAAAGUGUUAAAAAAUCUAUUGAUAUAUUGAAGGUACGACUGGAUGCUGUAAGUGAAAAAAAUCCCAGUGAUGGUGGCUCGUUUAUAGAUAACAAAUUUCAAGCUCAGGUUAUUGAAAACUUAGGUGCUGUUAAACAAUAUCUUGAUGUUUUAAAUACUCGUUUGGAUCCAUUGACAGAUAAUUCUAAAAACAAACAGCAAUAUGUGGAUAAACAAUCGUUUGAUGAUUUAAAAACUCAAUUGAACAGUAAAAUUGAAAAAUUAGAAUCCCAGCAGAAAAUUUUAGUACAGGAAAUAUCAGAAAUGAAAGGAAAUUAUUCAAAUUUAUUGGAUGAAUUAAAUACUGUAACGUUAUCGGAGAAAAGAUUCAAGGAAAAGUACAUCGAUUUGGAAGAAAAGUAUUUAGAAUUAGUAAAAAAUAAGGAAACCGAAAGUAAAUCAAAUAAUGAUUUAAAUUUACGCAUUGAUCACAUCACAACACAAUUAUCUAAAUUUAUAGCUUCCGAAGCCUACGAUAAGAAACCAUUAUUUGAUGUACGUAUUGAUCAGUUACCAGAAUUUAAAAAAGAGCACUGCCAACCGGACUCUGAACCAACAGAUUGCAAAGCAGCUACCAAGUGCACUCAUAAGAGCGGUUAUUACAAAAUAUAUUUACCCGGAAAUAAAGCAAAACAAAUUAUGGUAUUUUGUGACAUGGAAAUUGCUGGUGGUAAUUGGAUGCAUAUUUUAAGACGCUUUGAUGGUUCGGAAAAUUUUACACGACCUUGGUCUGACUACGUAAAUGGAUUUGGUAAUGUGGAGGGCGAAUACUGGAUAGGGUUGCAGAAUUUAAAUGCUCUCAUCAAAAAUAAUGGUCGGCAGCUAUUAUAUGUUCAUUUAGAGAGUGCUUCUGGGGUGUCUAGUUAUGCCUUGUAUGAUAACUUUUUAGUAGGAGAUGCCACGGAAAUAUAUAAAUUAAAAUCUUUAGGCACAUAUGAUGGCUCGGCUGUAGAUGGUAUGUCAUAUUAUACGGGUGAAAAAUUUAGCACCAUCGAUUAUGAUAAUGAUUCGACUGAAUCAAAUUGUGCCAAGAUUUUAAAAGGCGGAUGGUGGUAUGAUAAUUGUGGAUAUGCACAACCUACUGGUCUAUAUGGAUCAGCCGGUGUAAGGUGGGACAGUAAGGAGUCAAGAGUAUAUAAUUGUAAAAUCAUGUAUUUUAUGAUACGAAGUUUUUAAAAAUUUUAUAUACAUACAUAUGUAAUACAUAUGUAUGUAUGUUUAAACAAAAUUUGUCAAUAUCAUUUAGGUAAAAAAUAAAAAUUCAAUGUGAAUGUUCAGCAUUAAAA